GUCAACAUGUCAAUUAUGUUUUAGACUUUGACCUGUAGAUUAUUGUAUAUUUUUCUAUAAAAUAAGCAAUUAUUUAUUACGUAAUGGCUUAAAUAUUAUAAUAUAUACUUAAUUCCAUUACCUAGUGUCGAUUUUAUGUAAUUAUAAUUAUGUAUAAUCCCGCAGUAACGGUUCGAAGAAUCGAUGUUUUGAUUCGUAUUUUAAGCAAUCGUAAGCUAAUAUUAGCUGCAAAUCCAGUGAGAAGUUAUUCUAGCGAAGAUAAAGUGACCAUUGGAGAUGUGAGCAAGGAGAUCAAGAGUCCCAAAAAAGUUGAAUAUGUGCCCCGAAAAUACUUGACUAUAGAGGACACAGAGAUAAAGUCUUUAUCUCAAAGUACACUCAGGAAUCUAAGAUGGAUGAUGCAGAAAGAUUUACUUGGCCAGGAUAUGUUCCUUCUAGGACGACCUGGACCAAGCAGGAGGAAAGUAGCCCUUCAGUACUUGGAACUGACUCAGAGAGAGCUAGAGUAUGUGGCUCUGUCAAGAGAUACCACGGAGGCUGACCUUAAGCAGAGAAGAGAGAUCCAGAGCUCUACUGCUAAGUAUUUUGAUCAGAGUGCAGUCCGUGCUGCAGUAGAAGGCCGCGUGCUCGUUCUAGAAGGAAUAGAAAAGGCGGAGCGCAAUGUGUUGCCAGUGCUAAAUAAUUUGCUCGAAAACAGAGAGAUGCACUUAGAAGAUGGAAGGUUCUUAGUUCCAGCUUCUAGAUACGAUAAACUAUUGGAGGAGCACGGUGCAGAAGAAGUUUCAAGAUGGCGACUUGUGCGAGUUGACGAGAACUUCCGCGUGAUUGCGCUAGGUCUGCCGGUGCCUCGGUACAGCGGACAGCCGUUAGACCCGCCGCUGCGGUCCCGCUUCCAAGCCAGAGAUGUCGCUACGAUCGGAUUUUCGGAGCACUUGAGCGUAUUAAAAGAUGAAGCACCAAGGGUGGACGGUGUCAAGCUGGAACAACUCCUCUCUGCUGCAUACGCGCUAAUUAGUCCUGAGGUGCAGCAGGUCACGCUGCCCGACUUCCCAGUAGAUAGCUUGCACUCCGCUGCGCUAAUUCUGGAACGAAAUCCAAACAUCCCAAUUCACAAACUAGUAUACCUCCUUUAUCCCUACCAUUCCUUCCUCACCAGAGAACAUGUGAAGAAUGUGGAAGCAGUUCUCCACAACCUGAACAUCAACACCAAUCCUAAAUGGGAUAUAUCUCUCAAAGACAUCCAGGUCAACGGAAAUCAAGCCUUAGUGACUAUGGAAAUGAAUGGUGCUAAGUCUCAGUUUAGCGUGCCUCACGGUGGCAGGGUACAGGGUGUUGAAAAUAGGCACAUUGUUAAAACUGCUUACCAGAGCGAACUGCUCAAUGAAUUGAUGCUGAGUCAUAGUGUUGGAGAUUUUUGUAUUAUUGGUCCAAAAGGCUGCGGCAAAAGCCUUCUAGUCUCGCAACUAUCGUCCUUAUUGGGGUACACAAUAGAGCCUAUAGUCCUGUAUCAGGAUAUGACGGCUAGAGACCUGGUUCAGCAACGAACUACGUUGGAUAAUGGGGACACGGUGUGGAGGAACUCAGCGUUAGUUGAAGCAGCAUUGAAGGGACAUAUGGCUGUUCUGGAUGGCUUGCACAGAAUCCAUGCUAGUACACUUGCAGUGUUACAUAGGUUGGUUCACGACAGAGAGUUACAACUGCACGACGGCACGCGACUGUUGCGACACGACCGAUACGACGAGCUGCUGCGGUCGGGGGUCACUGAACAACAACUCGACAAGAAUGGGGUCAAGAAGAUACAUCCAGCGUUCAGGAUUGUAGCACUAGCAGAACCCCCAGUACUGGGACGUGGUCAGCAGUGGUUGUCUCCAGAGAUACUCAGCCUGUUCAUCUUCCACGAGAUGAGAAACCUCAGCAAGACUGAGGAGAUCUUCAUCAUAAACAGUUUGUAUGGUAACAUAUCACAACCGCUCCACACGAUCAUCAACUUAGCAGACGAACUCAGGCGAUCAGAGGACAACACUCUAAAGAACCUCUCAUCAUCUCUAUCCACCAGACAACUUCUGAGGAUCGCCAGCAGAAUGGCCAAGUACCCAACUGAGUCAGCGUACGAAACAGUACAACAAACAUUCUUAGCGAAAUUCCUGCCUAAUUUAGCCAGACGAGCGUUAGAUGGCGCUAGUCAAAAACUAGGCAUAGACCCGCCUAGACGAUUCGGUGUUUUCGGAAACAAUCCCUCAGAAACCAAGGUCAAUUGUUCAGUUAAAAACAACGUUUUGACUAUAGGCAACACGAGUACAGAGAUAUAUAAGACAGAUGCUUUGACAAAAGUGCCAGAUAUCCUUUUCUAUGACGUUCCACAGCAUAUGAGGUUACUCGAAUGGUUAUUACAAGACUUUUUGCUUGGCAACCAUCUCCUUUUAGUAGGCAACCAAGGUGUAGGGAAGAAUAAGAUAGCUGACAGACUUCUACAACUAUUGAACCGUCCUCGGGAGUAUAUACAGCUGCACAGAGACACCACAGUGCAGUCCCUAACUGUGCAACCCACUGUAAAAGACGGCGUGGUAGUUUAUGAAGAUUCUCCUUUAGUGAAGGCAGUAAAAUAUGGCCACGUUUUAGUGGUCGAUGAGGCGGAUAAAGCUCCGACACAUGUCACUUGUAUUUUAAAGACUUUAGUAGAAAAUGGAGAGAUGAUCCUAAGUGAUGGUCGGCGCAUAGUACCCAAACAUAUGUUGGAAAGUUCAGGCGGCGAUGUGUCCAGUUUCAUUCCUGUGCAUGACGACUUUAGAAUGAUUGUGCUCGCUAACCGACCCGGAUUCCCGUUCCUGGGCAACGAUUUCUUCGCGUCUUUGGGUGACCUAUUCUCCUGCCACGCUGUAGACAAUCCCUCAGUGGAAUCUGAGAUGGAGUUGCUACGUUCAUACGGGCCUGAUGUUCCACAAGAUGUGAUGAAGAAGUUGGUUCAAGCAUUCGCUAUACUCAGGGACAAGGCUGACCAAGGACAGUUGACGUAUCCAUACUCUACUAGGGAGCUGGUCAAUAUUGUUAAACAUUUACAGAAAUAUCCAAACGAGGACCUAGCGACGGCUAUUGGCAACGUGUUCGACUUCGACCGGUAUAGCAAAGACAUGGCUGACACCUUACUAGAGGUGCUUCACUCGAGUGGACUACCGAUAGAUGGCGUGCUCGACGGCCGGUCUAAGGAGGCGCUUAAGAAGAUACAGAUGACUAUUGAGAGGCAUAGCGGAAAAGACACAUCAUCCCCUAAGCAUGGUAAAGAAGACCCCAAGAACGAGCCCCACGUGGGGGGAAACACGUGGGCGGGGGGCACUGGGGGACGGGAUACUGCCGGACUAGGAGGGAAGGGGGGACCAUACAGACUGGAUAAAGGACACGAUGUGCACCAGCUUUCAGAAGCUGAGAAGGACGAUGUGCCGGAACACGUAAAGAAGGCUGCGCGGGAAAUGAACCGGAAAGCCUUUGAGGAAAGACUGAAGGAGAUCAAGAUGAGCGAGUUCGAUGCCAAGCUCUAUGGACAGUUCCAUAGAGCUGUACAACAACAGAUAGGAGCUCUCCGUGGGGUGUUAGCUGAGCUGCAGGCGAAGAAGAAAGAAAGACACUGGAGCAGACAUCAGACCAGCGGGGAACUGGAUGACGGGAAGAUUAUUGAAGGUCUAGCAGGCGAGCGCUCUAUAUACCGCCGCAGGACGGAGCAGGAGCCCCCGCCGGGCGCUCCGCCGGACAAGCCCAAGCGACUCCGACUUGUAGUCGACGUCUCCGGCAGUAUGUACAGGUUCAAUUCGUAUGAUGGUCGUCUGGAACGUUCGAUGGAGGCAGUAGUGUUACUGACGGAGGCCCUCAAAGGCUACGAGGCACGCAUCCGCUACGACAUGCUCGGACACUCCGGGGAGGAACACGCACUCGAACUCGUCAGGGUCGACCGACCUCCGGAGAAUGAGAAGGAGAGGUUACAGAUAAUCCGCACGAUGCACGCGCACGCCCAGUUCUGUUGGUCAGGCGACAACACUCUCCCCGCGGCCGCGCACGCUAUAUCCUCCAUAGCUGCGGAGGACGCUGACGAGGCCAUCGUACUCAUUCUGUCUGACGCCAACCUUAGGAGAUACGGCAUCCAACCUGAGGAGCUCGGCACCAUACUGACGUCAGACCACAGAGUGCAGGCACAUGUCAUAUUUAUCGGCAGCUUGGGAGACGAGGCUAACACACUCCUGCGCAGACUGCCAGCAGGCCACGCCCAUGUUUGUAUGGAUGUCGCGUCGCUACCACAGAUUAUGCAACAAAUAUUCGCCUCGUCACUCUUACAGUCGUCCUCCUGAUUACAAAAGCAUUUUAGAUAAUCAGGCUAACUUUGUUUUUGUUUACCUAAUGCCGCAAAUGUAGGAAGGGAUUUUAUUCUCUAAUCACAGCAGCCGUCAAAUAUUAACCGUCCAAUAGUGCAACAGUUGCUAAUUCCCUAUUGGACGAAGGCCUUUUAUGGACGUUUUAUCUCAUGACGCCGAACCUGUCUUUUAACUAAAAAUCAUUUAGCAUUACGUACCAGGAACAUGAACCCUUUCCUUGUACUGUCAGUUAUAUGUUGGUGAAAACAACAACUAUGUUAAGCGUGAGUUAGCUUAGUUCUUUAACACGUUAAACGCCAUGGGGGUCACCGGUGACCGCGUUAGCGUAGGAUUUACCUUCAACAGUUUUUUGUUGGCAGUCAAAGUCUUAAAUUUAGGAGAAAUUGUUGUAAACGGGCAUGGAUUUGUUAGAGGAACUAUUAUCUACAAAAAUAUUGUUUUAUCAUUGACAUUUUCAGUUCACUUGUUUUCAUGAACUAAUAAACCUAGUCGAGGACUUAGAAGUCAUUCACAAAUUACGUCACACGAUUUUUGCCCUUCUACCCGUCCUUAUCACAGUUGGUCACAUUUGUACGUAUAGAGACUCAUUGAAUUGGUUCCGAAAUUGAUUAAAUUUUACUUGUCACAAACAGUCACAUUUGGUUGACCCCCUCCCCCCACCUUAAGUGUGACGCAAUUUAUAGAUGGCCCCUAAAAAAAUCGUGGUAUCACAAAAAAUUGUUUCUUUCCGAAAGCCGGUGUGCAAUAUCUAUCACCAUUAUUGUAUGUAAAUAAUAUGUGAGUGUUUGUAAUAUUAUUACUGUUUUUAUAAUAGUUAUCGUGAGACAUAC